AUGACAUCACCCCGUUGGAAAAUCUGUCUUCGAGCUGUGGAAGAAGCGCUAGCUCCCCUCAUGUACGCUUCGUAUUUUACGUACCAGAACCUGCACGCGUCAUCGUCACAGUUUGCUGAUUUCGUCGGCGAAGCAGUGCAGGAGUUUCUCCGCGGCGUGGAUGAUUCGUCGUACUUCACUGCGUUCUCUAAGGCAGCUUUCCGAGACGUAUUGAGCAAGACGCAUUUUAGAGUACUCGGACCCCCGUGGGUGAGUGAAAGCGCUGCUAUGGAAGCCUACAUUCAAACUCUACCGGCCAUACGUCCAGCACACACGGCUCUGCAGUCAUACACGGGCGUAUACGAAGCCAGCUUUCUCUACUCCCUGUCUCGUGGCUUUUCGCAGCAAUGGACGCGGUCUAUCUUCGCGACCGAUUGCUGGCACGAGCUGAACCCUCGCACUCUGUACGUUCCGCUGCUGACAUUCAACGCGACUCUUUGGUCCCACCCUGAUACCCAGUCUCUGCAAGUCUCCCGGGCCGGCUUUCGUGUGCAAGAGUGCAUUCUGGAGAUGCUCUUAGGACAUACCGCCUUCGUGAACGACCAUCUGCAGUGGUGGCUGGACGAAGCGACCAAGCAUAAGAUAGAAAGUAGUGAGGCUUGCCUCAAUAGAAUUGCAGGGCGAGGCAACAUAAGGGAGCCUCUCGCCAUUGUCAAGCGUAGCUUGUCGGUUCGUCUUGCGUACGAACAGUUUCAGAGAAGCGUGAAUGCGUCCGGAAGCAAGCUUAGGCUUAGCCUUCCCAACGGCAAACUGCUUACCGACAAGCAACUUUUCUUCGUCCUGCUGGUGCUGCAGUCCUGCGAAAGCAGGCCCGCUGAAGACGCCGCUCCAAGCUCGGAACUCGAGUGGAACACCGCACUUGGAAACGAUCCCGAACUGUCAGUGGCAUUCGGUUGUCCCCGUGGUUCCACGAUGAACCCGGCGAGGAAGUGCGGGGUAUAA